GUUCACGUGACCGUGUCAACGCGUUUCCCAGGUAGCUCAUAUCGAAGGCAAAUACACCAACCUCAACAAUACAACCACCUUAGAAAAGCCCGACAACAUGUCUUCGCGACCGGAGCUAAAGGUCGACGACGAAGUCGGCUUCAUCCGCUUCUUUCGCUCGCUGCCCACCAAGGAUACCGACAACGAAUCCAACCCCAGUACCAUCCGCGUCUUCGACCGCGGCGACUGGUAUACAGCCCACGGCACUGAUGCUGAAUUCAUUGCUCGCACCGUCUACAAAACCACCUCUGUCCUGCGUACCCUCGGCCGCAGCGACGCGGGUGGCUUGCCCUCCGUCACACUCAGCGUCACCGUCUUUCGGAACUUCCUGCGCGAAGCCCUCUUCCGUCUGAACAAGCGUAUCGAAAUAUGGGUUUCGGCGGAGUCGGGUCGUGGACAGUGGAGGUUGGGGAAGCAGGCUAGUCCGGGGAAUCUACAGGAUGUUGAAGAAGAGCUUGGAGGGGGAGGAGGUGCGGCGAUGGACUCGGCGCCGAUUAUACUCGCGGUGAAGGUCUCGGCGCGGUCGAGUGAGGCGAAGAAUGUGGGUGUGUGUUUUGCAGAUGCGAGUGUGAGAGAGCUUGGGGUGAGCGAGUUUUUAGAUAAUGAUGUUUAUUCGAAUUUCGAGUCUCUGGUGAUUCAACUCGGGGUGAAGGAGUGUGUUGUGCAGCUGGAUACCGCCAAGAAAGACGCCGAGUUGGCGAAGCUGCGCGCAAUUGCGGAUACAUGUGGUAUCGCUAUUACUGAACGGCCCGCGGCGGAUUUCGGCACGAGAGAUAUCGAGCAGGAUCUCGUGAGGUUGUUGCGAGAUGAGCGCUCGGCGGCAACGCUGCCGCAGACGGAACUCAAACUCGCCAUGGGCGCCGCGGCGUCGUUGAUCAAGUACCUGGGGGUCAUGUCUGAUUCGACGAAUUUCGGGCAGUAUCAGUUGUAUCAGCAUGAUCUGUCGCAGUAUAUGAAACUCGAUGCGGCAGCACUCCGCGCCCUGAAUCUAAUGCCGGGCCCGCGAGAUGGCGCGAAGAAUAUGAGUUUGUAUGGUCUUUUGAACCACUGCAAGACUCCCGUGGGCAGUCGGUUGCUCGCUCAGUGGCUUAAGCAGCCGCUUAUGGAUCUGACUGAGAUUGAGAAAAGACAGCAGCUGGUAGAGGCGUUCGUGAAUGACACCGAACUACGUCAGACCAUGCAGGAGGAGCAUCUGCGUGCGAUCCCGGAUUUGUAUAGACUGGCAAAACGCUUCCAACGGAACCAGGCGAAUUUGGAGGACGUCGUUCGCGUUUAUCAAGUUGCUAUCCGCUUGCCGGGUUUUGUUCGCAGCUUUGAGAAUGUUAUGGACGAGCAGUACCAGACUCCGCUCGAUGCGCAGUAUACGUCAAAGCUCCGCAGUUUUUCUGACAGCCUCGCUAAGCUUGAGGAAAUGGUCGAAACCACGGUAGAUCUGGAUGCGCUCGAUAACCACGAGUUCAUUAUCAAACCAGAAUUCGACGAGAGCCUGCGGGUUAUACGAAAGAAGCUGGAUAAGAUCAGGUAUGAUAUGGACGUGGAGCAUCGACGUGUUGCGCGCGACUUGAAUCAGGAUAUGGAAAAGAAACUGUUUCUUGAGAACCAUCGCGUGCACGGCUGGUGUUUCAGAUUAACAAGAAACGAAGCGGGCUGCAUUCGUAAUAAACGAGAGUAUCAAGAAUGCUCGACUCAGAAAAACGGUGUUUAUUUCACAACCCGGACGAUGCAGGAACUCCGCAGAGAACACGACCAGUUGUCGUCGAACUAUAAUCGAACCCAAUCAGGUCUUGUCCAUGAAGUCGUCAAUGUUGCUGCGUCGUAUUGCCCUAUUCUGGAGCAACUGGCCGGUGUACUGUCACACCUAGACGUUGUUAUCAGUUUUGCCCAUGUGUCGGUUCAUGCUCCUACAGCAUAUGUCCGUCCGCAAAUGCAUCCCCGUGGAACCGGCAAUACCGUUCUGAAAGAAGCUCGUCAUCCGUGCAUGGAAAUGCAAGAUGACAUUUCAUUCAUCACCAACGACGUCUCGCUCGUUCGGGACGAGUCUUCAUUCCUAAUCAUCACGGGCCCCAACAUGGGCGGUAAAUCGACCUACAUUCGCCAAAUCGGCGUCAUCGCCCUGAUGGCCCAAAUCGGCUGCUUUGUGCCCUGCACCGAAGCCGAGCUGACCAUAUUCGACUGCAUCCUGGCUCGUGUCGGAGCCAGCGAUUCUCAGUUGAAAGGCGUGUCGACGUUUAUGGCCGAGAUGCUGGAGACUUCCAACAUUCUCAAGUCUGCUACCUCCGAGUCUCUGAUUAUAAUCGACGAGCUGGGCCGUGGAACAAGCACGUACGACGGGUUUGGUCUGGCAUGGGCGAUUUCAGAGCAUAUCAUCACCGAGAUUGGCUGUUUUGGGCUCUUCGCUACCCAUUUCCAUGAGCUCACCGCGCUGGCUGAUCGGUACCCCAAGUCUGCAAAGAACUUACACGUGGUAGCGUUUAUAUCCGAUGAUAAGGAGCAGAAAGAAAGCAAGAAGAAGAAACGAGAAGUCACCCUCCUCUACCGCGUGGAGCCGGGCGUCUGCGAUCAAUCCUUCGGCAUCCACGUCGCCGAACUCGUGCGCUUCCCUGAGAAAGUCGUGAACAUGGCUCGCCAAAAGGCAGAAGAACUGGAAGACUUCACAUCCACUACUACCACCUCUGACCCAAAGACCAGCGCUACCACGGGUGGCGGGCUUGAUGGCUAUACGCAGGAGGAAGUCGAAGAAGGUAGCAAUUUGCUCAAGUCGAUGUUGCUCAAGUGGAAGGCGGAAGUGGAGGGGCCGGGUAAAGAGGGCAUCACGCCAGAAGAGAAGCGGAGGAUUAUGCGAGACCUGGUCGCGGCGGAUGAAAAGCUGCAGGCGAAUAAAGUGUUUCAGGGUAUUAAAUCUCUGUAAUGCUAAACACCAGUACGAUUUCUCUCUGCUAUCUCUCUACGCUACAUCUCUGGUAAUGAUCUCGUGAUGAAUAUGUUUCGGUAUGGAGUUAUAGGUCGAUAUAGUUUGGAGGACUCAUCAUGUAUAAUAUUUAUUCAAACAUGAACCACCAUAAUAGUUCCUAGUCAUGCAACUGCUGUUACUCUUGAAUAAUUGUUGUAGUAGGGAAAACACCAAUCAGCGGCCGCUUUUGACAUCCGCCCUAAUCACGUGCCAAGACUCAUGAUGUAGUUGUCUAUUCUGUACCCUCUCUAUACACGACAAGACAAUCCGCCA